UGGGUCAAGUACGUUCCACCACACGCGAUCAGGCAAAGCAUCAUCACCAUCAUGAGCCAACACGCCUUGCGGAUCCCGCUACGGAAUGUAGCAUCGAAGUCCUUGAAGCCUCAAUGGAUAUGUCAGCGAUGUCUUGCAACGCAGGCGCAGCCUUCUACCGUUUAUCAAAAGCUUCCGACUGCAGACCUUCUAUCGCGCCAACUCCCACAAAGAAAGCUGCCAGACCAGUAUUUAUCACAUGUUAAUGCAGAGACACUGCCGAUAUCAGAGCAGGAGCAAUGGGAGAAAGUGGCGCCUCACAAGAAGAUCGUGGGAGUUGUGGUGAGCCAUGGCAAGAUGGACAAGACCGUGAGGGUGCGCGUUGCAGGUCAGAGAUGGAACAACAAAAUCAAGAAGUACUACCGCGCUGAUCAAAACCACCUGGUGCACGAUCCCAACAACUCUCUUGUCACAGGCGAUGUGGUUGAGCUGCACCGACUCAAAGUCAGCACUCAGGUCGAACACGUUGUCUCGAAGAUCGUGUCUCCCUUCGGAAAUCCCAUUGAAUCACGGCCACCUGUACCUAGUCCGGAGGACCGACUGGCAGCGUAUAAGGCAAAACGAUUCGUGAAAUUGGAGCGAAGGGAGCUGCGUAGACAAGCUGCCGAUGGAGUAGAAGAUGCGAUUCAGCAAUUGAGAAGUAUGGGUCUCGAUCCAGGAGCGGGCGCGAAGCCUGGAGUGGGCAAGACGGAGAAUGUGCCGAAAAUAAUCCGGGAAGAAAGGACGCCCAAGAGCGGUGCUUUGCUAGGCGAGAAAGGUCAGAAGUUGCCGAAGGGAGUGUUGCCAGUCGGCAAACACGAGGUGGGUGAAAUCAAUGACCGUUCAUUACACAACUCCCGGAAGAGAACAAAGCUAGAGGGAAAGACGGAGGAGAAUCUGCUCGAAGCUCAGGAAAAGGGUGAGAAGCUCGCUCAAGAAGGACUCGCGUCCGACUCCGCACUGAGAUAGGUUGCGGCCAAUUGGGACCUCUGCGGGUAACAGGAACGAACUAUGUACAACCACCACAAUGUACACCACCAGUCAACAGUACCCUUUCCCGAACCUCACCUAGCACUAGACGUCUAGAUCACAAAGUCGCGGGCCCAACAGAAAAGAGUUGAUGAAGAGAAGCAAACAUAGCCGUGGGAAGAUUGCGACGAAUCAUCGCAAAUCACCGACGAGACCCAAAUCAAUGCCUAGAUCGUAUACACAUGACCGAGCCACUGACUAGCAAACCUGACCAG